AUGAAGCUGAAUCUCUUGACAUUUCUCCCCUUGGCAGCAGCGGCAGUGCAGACCGCACUUGCGGCUACCACACCCAUUCGUCGCGAUGAGUGGCCUCACGGCCCCUUCAAGACAGAAGGUAACCAGGUCAAAAAUGCCAACGGCGAGCCCGUCAUCUUUGUGGGCACCAACUGGCCUGGUUCCGGCGAAACCACGAUCCCCGAAGGUAUCGAGUUCCGAUCGAUCGCCGACAUUGUCAGCAUGAUGAAGUACGUUGGCUACAACUUUGUCCGUCACACCUACCCUAUCCAGAUGAUCGACCAGAUCUACGAGAACAACGGCACCGACAUCACUGUCCAGCAUGCACUCCUCUACGCUCUUGGCGAGGACAAUGGUACUCGCAUCAUGGAGAUGAUCAACAAGAACAACCCACAGAUUACCAACUCGACCACCCGUCUCGAGGUCUACUCAAUGAUUGCUGAGGAGGAGAAGAAGCAGGGGAUGCUGAUGCAUCUCGACAACCACAUCAGCCGAGCCAUCUGGUGCUGUAGUCACGACGACGGCAAUGCAUGGUUUGGUGAUAUGGAUUUUGACGUUAGCAAGUGGCAUCGUGGUCAUAGAUACAUGGCGGAAUGGGCCAAGAAGCACUCCAACAUUGUCUCAAUGUCUCUGCGCAACGAGCUGCGAAAAUCGGCGGUCAAGCCCGGGCUUGAGUACAACUGGAACACAUGGUGGGGCAACGUGUCGGAGGCUGCCGAGAACAUCCACGCCACCAACCCCAACCUUCUGAUCACCAUCAGCGGUUUGGACUACGACAUUGAUCUCUCUGCCCUCACCACUCAAGCUAACCUGUAUACCGCUCCUUACGUCAACACCGACAUGGACAGGGUGGCUAAUGCCGAGUCGCUUCCUCCCGUCUACGCCGAUAUCGCCAACACCAAGUUUGGCAAGGCCAACAAGGCUGUGCUCGAGCUGCAUGCGUACAAGAUGUCGACCUACUACCAGGACCACCUCGAAAACUGCGGUGCGAUCCAAGCAGGACUUUACCGCUUCGGCUUCAACGCGCUUGGCGAAUCGGCUCGCCCAGACUCUUGCAACAACUCGACCGACUUCUCCGACCCUAACAGCUGCCCUCCUGCCAAGAUCACCUUGCCGACUCUGUUGACCGAGUUUGGUGAUGCACAGGACUCGAGUUACGGCAACGUGAUUAUGCAGAAGUGCUUGCGUGACUUUACCACUAAGAACAAGAUCGGCUGGGCGCAUUGGUCUCUUGCUGGAAGCUACCACAUUCGUCAGAACGUCGUGUUUAACAACGACAGCUGGGGUCUGACCAACCCGACAUGGACUGAGUACCAGAGCAAGGAGACGGUCGACGGCUUUUUCCGACCCUGGAUCCAGGACAUGGGCAAGACCAACCUUGAGCUCUGA